AUGGCUGCUACAAUUUCUGCUACUGGAUUCAAAGUGGGUCUUUCUUCUUCUUUCCAUGGAAGCUGGGGAACUUCCAUUGCCGGUGAAGCCAUCGUGGCGCCGCCGACCAACUUUCGGGUUGCACGGCCCAUCCGAUCACAGCCUAUGAUGAAAAAUGUUAAUGAAGGAAAGGGUCUUUUUGCUCCAAUUGUUGUAAUCACAAGGAACAUUAUAGGCAAGAAGAGGUUCAAUCAGCUCAGAGGCAAAGCCAUUGCUUUACACUCACAGGUAAUCACAGACUUACCAGAAAAACGAAGAGGGACGGUCUUCCCACUUGCGCUUCAUGCCAGCCUAAAUAUCCGAUCCUGA